AUGUCACAGUCUUUGCCUAAUCCAAAUACCUUGUUGCCGCUUGAGCUAGUGGAUAAAUGCAUAGGAUCGAGGAUACAUAUUAUUAUGAAGAACGACAAAGAGAUGGUGGGAACGUUACAAGGUUUCGAUGAUUUCGUGAAUAUGCUGUUAGACGACGUCACGGAAUAUGAAUCUACACCAGAGGGAAGGAAAAUAACAAAAUUGGAUCAAAUCUUGUUAAAUGGAAAUAAUAUUGCUAUGUUAGUGCCUGGAGGCGAAAUGCCAGGAGAAUCUUAUGAAGGGCAUUGA